AUGCAAUCAGUCAUCGCCAUCCUCGCGAGCUCGAUCUUGAUGCUGUUGAUCAGUGGACCAAUGCAUGCAGCCGCCAAGAAUAUGAUUUGUCCCAAUCGCGACAACAGCAAUGGUUACUGCGUCCAGAUGGAUACAGGAGGGCUGAUGUCGAUACUCGAUACAAUCCUCCCAGCCCCUAUCAUCCCCAAAAUCCGAAAUAUUCCAGGCGGAAUGUUCCCGACAUUUUCCUGCGCUUCGGGCUAUCUCGCGCUAUGUUGUCCAAGCAUACCUGUCAAAGACCUCAAGCAGUGCAAGUUCGCCUCAAGCUGGGAAUAA